CGAGGGAGUUGGGAGCACAGUCAGCACAAAAGCAUCAGCAACACACUUCCUGCCCAAGAAGCCGUCUGAAUGCUUAGCUUGCUAGCUGCUAGCAAGUCCUUGUCAGAGUCUCCUCUUACAUGCCAUCAUUUCCUUACACUCGUUCCCUCCUAACAUCGCCCUCGUCGACACGCUACGAUACACACUCCGGUACACUGGGUGGCGCUAUGCACCGGCAUGUUGCUGCGACCCGCCAUAAACAGGACGAAGAAAAGACUACGCAUGCGCGGGUCGACAUGUGGCCAGAUGUUUCAGGUCGACAUGUGGCCAGAUGUUUCAGGUCGACAUGUGGCCAGAUGUUUCAGGUCGACAUGUGGCCAGAUGUUUCAGGUCGACAUGUGGCCAGAUGUUUCAGGCCGAGUGUGAGUGUAAAGUGGGAUCGUGUGAAAAUGUGUCAAGUCCAAAUGCUGAGAGCGUUGGUGAAUCAGCGACUAACUGCGGCUGUUGAAGAAAUAUUUGUAGUGUUGGAAAGAACCAUAGCAGAGUACGAGGAGGAACUUUCUCGAACAAAAGAGGAGAACGAGCGACAACGUCAACUACUGGACGCCGUUUUCAGGAAGCAGGAAGUUGUGUUGCACAGAGCAGACGCCAGCAGAGGACACCCUCGAGAGGAGUGGAGCGUCAUGGUGGACCAGGAGGACCCACAGCCCCCCCACAUUAAAGAGGAAUGGGAGGAGCCACAGCCCCCCCACAUUAAGGAAGAACGGGAGGAGCCACAGCCCCCCCUCAUUCAAGAGGAAGCGAAGGCUCACCGUCAGGAGGGAGAACGUCUUGAAGGACUUGAGCUGUUUCUAAGGAUCGGGGUCCCUGAAGAUGAUGAAGACGAUGGUGAAGGUGAGGAGAAGAUAGAGGCGGAGCCUCCAAGCAGCAGCUCAUCUCAACACUUGACAACAGAAGCUGAUGGAGACCACUGUGGAGGACCAGCAGACAAGCUCCCAGCUCCUGAUGGAAGGUCUGCAUCUGACAUGGCGUCUGACCCCCCUGGCCCCUCCUACUGGAAAUGCGCCUACUGUGACAAGAGCUUCCACCACCGCGGCAGCCUGCAGAGACACAUGAGGAACCACACAGGAGAAAAAGGCUUCAUCUGCUCGGUGUGUGGAAAAGGGUUCUCUCUGAAGGCCUACUUGAUAGCACACACGAGAACGCACACUGGAGAGAAACCGUUCACAUGCUCGGUGUGCGGUAAAAGAUUUUCUCAGAAGGCGCAUUUGAGAACGCACGCCAAAAUACACACCAGAGAGAAACCGUCUUCCUGUUCCGUGAGUGGUAUGGCUUUUAUACAAAAUGGAGACUUGAGAAGACAAACCACAGGACUCGCUGGAGGGAAACCUUCCUAGCCCGACCAUUCAGGUUGCGGCCCUAACGCCAUCUGAGGCCGCUUCUUUAAGAGGCGGGGCCAUAAACACCGGGGGGCUGAAAUGAGGGCGCUAACUGGCGCAUGCGCCUGAUCAAGCCCCCCCCCUCGUGGUUAUGAUGACAGACGGCGGCAUCGUGGCGUGUCCCGCAGAGUCUGACUCUUUUGGAACCACGUCCUCCUCGGAACCGCACUUCCUCCACGCCACGAGACCACAGCCUGAUGCUAAAUCCCAGCGAUGCCUUUGAACGCAUGUGCCGCGUACAGGAAGUGGCCAUGCUGAUGGCUCAGUUAGCUACGAUGCUAUGACAAAAUAGCACAAAAUAUAUCGAUGCUGAAAACCGUGAAUUCAAGUUAAAAAGCCUUGUUUUACUUUCACUUCAUGUGGAUCUGUUGCUACGUACAAAUAUACAAAAGUGUGUCCUGUCAUUGAUCUCCUUGUCAUUAUGUUGAUCAUCUGGCAACCCUUGGACAAACAUGGACUCAUCUUGUUUCUGUGUGAAAUGUCCAACCAUAAAGGUUAGGGUGUGGUACGGGCUUGGUCCAAAUCACUUUUCAAUAAACACAUGAAAACACACUGGUGAGAAAGCU